GCGGAAGACAUCAGCCGAAUCUUCCGUACUAGUCAACUGGAGCCGCUUAUGUUGUGCUGCAACCAACGGGAGCUUUGGACGACAGGAGGAGAGCGAACUGUUUGUUUUCAUAGUGAACCGGUGAACAGAAAAGUGUACUUUCUUCAAACGAUCGUUUCUACCCGCCCGGUGGAGAAGUAAGUGUUUUUCAUGUUGUGCAAUUUACAGUGUUUGCUUGAAGACUUCCAACGGGCGAAUCGCAUCAGUUCGCCCGGAGGGUCAUCGUCAGCGACGACACCCUCUGCUCCGUCAGCGUCGACUGUUUAGAAAAUGACCGGAGAGAAGAUCCGCUCCCUGCGCAAGGACCACAGGCCGAGCAAGGACGAGGAUUUACUGGAGCCGGACGAGGAGGCUGCCACCGGGACGUUCACCGCCUCCAAGACGAACAACAAGAGCAGAGCGAGUAAAAUCUUCAGCAAUCACAAGUUAAUCAAGUCGUCAACCACGCAGCAGCAGAACCAACAGUCGCAGAUUAAUGCGAACACCAACACACUGUCAACGUCGGAUGUCAUCGAUGACAAUAACAAAAACCCCAUUAUCAGAACCGGGCAGGACUUUCCGGUGCAUGAAUGUGUGUUUAAAGGAGAUGUUCGACGCCUGUCUUCGCUCAUACGGACGCAGAAUAUCGCCCAGAAAGACGUCCAUGGAAACACACCGCUGCAUCUCGCUGUCAUGAUGGGGCACAAAGAGUGUGCCCACCUGCUGCUGGCCCACAAUGCACCAGUAAAGGUGAAGAACGCUCAGGGAUGGAGCCCCCUCGCUGAAGCCAUUAGCUACGGAGACAGACAAAUGAUCACGGCGCUGCUGAGAAAGCUGAAGCAACAGUCCAGAGAGACUGUGGAGGACAAGAGGCCCAAGCUGCUGAAAGCCCUGAAAGAACUCGGAGACUUUUACUUGGAGCUUCACUGGGACUUCCAAAGUUGGGUGCCUUUGCUCUCCAGAAUCCUGCCUUCAGACGCAUGUAAGAUCUACAAGCAGGGCCUCAACAUCAGAUUGGACACUACACUGAUAGACUUCACAGACAUGAAGUGUCAGCGCGGCGACCUCAGUUUCAUCUUCAAUGGCAACGCCGUCCCCUCCGAGUCUUUUGUCGUGCUGGACAACGAACAGAAGGUCUACCAGCGGAUACACCAUGAGGAGUCAGAGAUGGAGACAGAGGAGGAAGUGGACAUUCUUAUGAGCAGCGAUGUGUACUCGGCCACACUCUCCACAAAGUCCAUCACCUUCUCCAGGGCGCAGACCGGCUGGCUGUUCAGAGAAGACAAGACGGAGCGCGUGGGAAACUUUCUGGCAGAUUUCUACUCCGUGAACGGCCUGGUGCUCGAGUCCAGGAAGAGACGGGAGCAUCUGAGCGAGGAGGACAUCUUGAGGAACAAAGCCAUCAUGGAGAGCCUGAGCAAAGGAGGGAAUCUCAUAGAGCAGAACUUUGAGCCGGCGAGGAGGCAAUCUCUAACCCCCCCAUCACCGAACACUAUAUCCUGGGAAGAAUACAUCACAGCUGACAAUGGAAAAGCACCUCAUCUGGGAAGAGAGCUGGUCUGCAAAGAGAGCAAGAAAAACUUCAAAGCCACGAUAGCCAUGAGUCAAGACUUCCCUCUGGGCAUCGAAUCGUUAUUGAAUGUUCUGGAGGUGAUUGCACCCUUCAAGCACUUUAAUAAACUCAGGGAGUUUGUUCAGAUGAAGCUCCCCCCUGGCUUUCCUGUCAAACUUGACAUCCCCGUCUUUCCGACCAUCACAGCCACCGUGACGUUUCAGGAGUUCCGUUACGACGAGUUCGAUGAGUCCAUUUUCACCAUUCCUAACGAAUAUAAAGAAGACCCCAGCCGCUUCCCUGAUCUUUAACUUCCCAGCUGGAGCAGGAGACACAAGUGCAACAAGGCGACACAAUGCUAAAAGACAAACUUUUUGAAUAACAAAAGGAAAAAUUGAGGGAAAAAAUAUCGUUAAUCUUUUCUUGACAAUUUCUGGAUUCUAUUGCACAUCCCGCCCCCGAAUACAGAUGGCAACAAAACGUGGUUGAUGUGACGGGACUAAAACGGCGCCGUAAGAGGUGACAGAGGCCGCAGUGGCACAUUUCCUCAUGUUAGUCAAGUGUUUUCAAGCGCAGCAUUGCAGGUUCUUACUUUCACCUUCAGAUUGAAUCCAACAGCCAAAGCAGGAAGUAAUUUGAAGCUGAGAGUGUGAAACUGUCAUUAGUGAAGGCCAGUGAAGUUCAAACAGGUGACAGGAGAGCAGGUGAGUUACUGUAAACGGGGUAUAAGUAGAAGACAGACAACCAGUUCAGUUGAUGCUUUGUAUGUAAGUAUGUAAGUAAUGUUUAUAAAGGGAAUGUUUUUAACUGACUUGUAGUAAAGCACUGAUAUGACUAAGUUACACGUUUGGGAGGAAUUCCAAAAAAAAAAUACCUUUUAGGUUCUUUAUCCUGCUUAAAUAGACUAUAAUAACGAUGUGCUUUUUUUGUACACUCAUUUCUUUAACAUGGACACAUUUAGUCAUUUCUCCCAAAGAUCUAAAACACUGCUAACAAAACAUUCAGUUUUAAAAUGUUAAGUGAAGUGGCUUCUUUCAUAGGUUAAAAACCUAAAAAUCAGUUUUUUGCUGAAUUCUCCCUAACUCUGCACAUUGUAAAAAUGUGUGUGUGUAUGUGUGUGCGUGCGCGUGUGUGUGUAACAUUGAUUUUCAUGGGCAUGGAGUAGCAUCACUGAACUUUUGGGCACUAUUUAAAUCCACUACAGCCACUCACCAUUCAGCAGAGUUUAUACACACUCAUCUUAAUUCCUGCAUUUGAAAUUGCAAUUUUUAUGGUACCGCAGAGUUUUCUCUUUGUUUGUUUGAGUGGCAGCGGAGGAAGGGCUGAUGUCUAAGCCUUUUGUUUCUAACUACACCUUUGUAAACUAUGUAACUAAUUGUAAGAUCCUGCUAAAAGAAGAAAACUGGGGAUUGUAAAGGAAGUAGAUUUUAGGGAAUGAAUGGAUGAUGAUGACAUUUAUGCCAUUUUACACAUAACAAAGACCGGGCUUUUCCCCCUGCACAGUAUGUAAAUACAGGUUUGUCUUUUAUGUUCUUUGACUUAUUCUUUGUGCCGAUGAAUUUAAGAUGUCCUCUGCAAGAGGAAGAGUUGUGGUUUUUUUGUUUUUUUUUAAGUAGGGUCUUCAUGAGUUCAUUGGGGAGUUAAUUGGUUUGUAACAUGGUGGCAGUUGCUAUUUUUGUACAUACUUGUAAUGUUUUAAAGAAAGAAAAUGAAUCUCCUA